AUGGUUCCCUUCUUGGAAAGAAUCCAUGACUCUUCUUCUCUGCUCACGAAAACGUUUUUCAAUGGGUGGAAGAAAGGGGUUUUGAGGGCCUAUGGUGCUGAUAAUCAGCUAGAUGAAACCUUGGUGGCUACAGUUACAGUUUUGGCUAUGAAUGGCAGAAGGUUUCAUAGAGACGGAAAAACAAGGGAGGAAGACAUGGCGAAUUUUUUUGAUAGAGAUAAGGAGCAUUCAAGAGUUAAUAAAAUGGUUGAUGGUGGCUACAACAAAAAGGAUUUUAUGGCUCCUUGGGCGGACAUGACCGAGCUCAUCAUGAGUCUUGAAAUACAUGCUGAGAAUCCCAAUAAUCUGGUCCUCCAUAAAGGGCUUAUUAUGCUCAUUAUGGAGUACGCCAAAGCCCUUGGAGUUGUGCCCUCUCUCUUUGCGAAAGGCCAAAUCCCUAAUACUGAUGUUCAAGAUGUCUCUGUUUUAGAUAUGGAGAUGGAGGAUAGUGGGAGUGCCAAACCCCUUGUUGACCCUGAUUAUAAGCCAGUUGAAGAGGGUGAUAUGUUGUACAAGCCGCCAACAUCAAGAAUCCCUUUGCUGAACAAAAAAUAUCAUGUUUUACUGAGUUUCAGAGGGGAGGAUGUGAGAAAAAAUUUAGUAGACCAUAUUUUCGAAUCCUUAAAUGCUAUUGGAAUGCGUGUUCACAAUAAUAAGCUGAAGCGAGAUGAUAUCAAUGAGGUAAUCGAAAACAGCGAUAUCAAUAUCCCCAUCUUUAGCAGAAGUUAUGCUGGGUCAUCGUGGUGUCUGCAGGAGGUCACGUAUAUGUUGAAAUCAAAAGCACUCAUAAUUCCCCUCUUUUAUGACGUCCAGCCAUUCCAGGUUCGAAUUGCAGAGAGUGAAAGCCAGGGAAGUAGACAUGGCGAAGCAUUGCGGAAACACUAUUCUAAAGGCAGAUAUCCGUCAGAAACCGUGGAGGAGUGGAAACGGGCGUUGCAUCAAGUUUCCAGUCUUCCAGGGUGGACGUUCGACUCCAGAUCCUGCUUUGAAGGAGACCUGGUGAAACGCAUAGUCUGUGAUGUUACCAACACAUUUGAUAAAAUCCCCAUACACAACGUUGCAAAGCAUCCCGUCCAGCUUAACAACAAGGUACAAGAGGUCAUACGCUUGCUGAAUCUGAACAACCAAACCGAUGUGGUCACAGUCGGUAUUUGGGGAAUGGGCGGCUGUGGCAAAACAACCAUUGCAAAGGCCGUGUUCAACCAUAUCUUUCAAAAUUUCGAUUCUUGCUCUUUUCUCUCCGACGUUCGGAACAUGUCCCACAAGCAAUUUCGAGAACAGAUCAUCAGAGAGGUUUCUGCAUCGCAGCGAGCCCUGGUGGUUUUAGAUAAUAUUGAUGAUACCAAGCAGAUGGAGUUACUGAUGCGCGGAAACUGGGGCGGUCGGGGAAGCAGAAUGAUCGUAACAACGCGUGAUAAGCACGUACUAAACCUGGCACAGAUAGAAGUGGUUUACAAGAUGGAAGGACUGGAGUUUGAGGAAGCUCUGCGUUUGUUCUCUUGGCAUGCAUUUUUGAGGCCCGAGCCAGAUAAAAUGUAUAGAAAAGAGUCGGAAAGGAUUGUGGAGGCGUGUUGCGGUCUUCCCCUGGCAAUUGAAGCCGCGGGAGAUCUUUUGCACGACAAAAAGGAAUCUCUUGAGUACUGGAGGGAAGCGUUGAAUACCCCGCAGAGCAUCUGUCACCGAAAAAUUUACGACUCGUUCAAGAUUACUUAUGAUACUCUUACUUAUCAGGAGAAAAGGAUAUUUGUAGACAUCGCAUGCAUUUUCACAGGUAAAGAGGUAAAGCGGGGCAUCCGGUACUGGAAAAGAUUGAACUGGGAUGCGCAUACGGCCGUCACAAAUCUUGUGUUUAAAUCGCUUAUAAUGAUAGGCGAUGAUGAUGCAUUUAUCAUGCACAGCCUUCUCAGAGAUAUGGGAAAAGCGAUUAGAAAAGAAGAUAAUACCUCACGAUUAUCUUUCAGCCGUGUCCCUGUGUUGAUCUCUCGGUGCAAAUUGUUCAGGAACUUCUGUAAAAAUAAAAAGACGACUAUGGUGGUUGAAAGCACAAUUCCAGAUGAGAGAAAUGUGCAGGAAGCGAAGCGGUUAAUGGUUGCCGCUGAUUUCUUAAACAAAACUGGAUUUAGAGCUUUGCCCAACUUCGCUUUCAAUCUCUUGUAG